CGUUUUUCUGUUUUUUGCUGCUGCGUCUGCUCUGUGUGCCGUCUCCUCACUUCCUGCACAUAAAUACCAUUUUGUUUAUGAACCAAAGACCUGGAAUGACGCUCAGAGUUUCUGCAGGGAACAUUACUCAGACCUGGCAACCAUCGACAACAUGGACGACGUGAACAUCCUCAACGAGAUGGCGGACUCGCAGCAGAUGGUCUACUCUCCGUACAGCUACAGAUUCUGGAUCGGACUGUAUGACAACUGGAAGUGGUCCACGUCUGAUGGGGAGUAUAGGAACUGGGCGUCUGGACAACCUGCUACGUACCAGCCAGAAGAGAACUGUGUGGCAAUGCAGGCACAGGGUUGGUGGUACGAUGCACCCUGUGACUGGCAAUACAGACCAAUCUGCUCUGAUGGAAGUGGAUCAGACGUGACGCUUGUCCGCAUCGACCUCAUCGUGAACUGGACUGAGGCUCAGAAGUACUGCAGGGAACAUCACACAGAUCUGGUCACCAUCAGAGAUGUGUCGGAGAACCAGAAGGUAAACGAGGUUUCAGGAGGAAAUCUUGUUUGGAUUGGUCUCUACAGGAAGUCCUGGGAGUGGGUGGACAGAAGCAACUCCUCGUUCCAGUACUGGAAGUCCGGGGAACCCAACAACAUCAAGGAGAAGAACUGUGCAGCAGCAAAUUUCAAAGAACCUGGAACCUGGGAGGAUGACAACUGUGAUGUGGAGAAUCCAUUUAUCUGCAACCAAGUUGCAGUUUCACAGAAGGUUCUGAAAGUGAAGCUGGUCACAACCUCCCAUCUGGACCUGGAGGAUCCUGCUGUUCUGGAAAACCUGCUGAAGCAGCUGGUACUGAAGCUGCAGCAGCAGGGAGGGAAGCCAGACGUCAAACUGAGCUGGAGGAAGCAGACGGAUGGAAAGAUAUUCCAUAAAGAAGAUGAUAUGUAGGAGGAUCUUAGAAGCUGAACAUCCAGCUGGUGCAACAGUUAUUUCAC